GCGGUGUCAGCUGCGGUGGGCGGGAGCUGCCCGGGGAUUCCGCUGGGCCGGAAGUGAGCCGCGUCGCCAUGGCUACAGGAGCCCACGCUCCCUGCGCCGCCCGCGGCGUUCCGUUCCCACGGCAACCCCAUUGUCUCCAGAGCCAGAACUCCGGCGGCGGGCGGGAAAGGUCGACUUCACGGUGUCUCGCUUCCGUAAGGCGUCCCUGCGGCGCCCUGAACGAGGCCCACCGACACCGGGACACUGAAGCCGCCCGAGGAAGCCGAGCUGCCAGGCUGAGGGAGCCGGGAAGGCUAGUUCCGGGCCGUGGCUCCUCUGACCUCGGCCAGGAAGAAGAUGCCGGCCAGCCCCAUCCGCAUCCCAACUGUCAGCAACGACGCUGACUGGGACUUCUGCUUCCAUCUGCCAAAGCAAACCAAGAUCCCAGCGCAUCAGCGAACAGAUGGGUUGUGUCCCAUUAGUGGGUCUGGAGAGAGUGAAGAAGACACUAACGCCAAGGCGAAGAAGGCCAUAGACUGUAUGUCUUUUCCCAAAGAGCAACUGGCUCAAUCCCAGAAGAAAAUAGCUCAACUGAUUAAGGAGAAAAUGAAUACCCAAGCAAACAAGGAGCUGAUUCGGUGUGUCAUCCUGUCUCGGAUCAUUUUUGGGGAAGAACACUGGAAGUGUGCACAGGCUCUGGCUAGCCUGGCAUAUGGCUACUUGACACUGAGAGGCCUCCCAGCUCAGGCCAAGAAACAUGCUGAUUCCGCCAAGAAUACACUGCUGACCUGGAAGGAAAACACGACCUCAGACAAGGAGAAAAAGGAAAUCGUGGAAGCUCUGGUCAUGCUCUACUACACGCUGGGGGUGGCCUGGCUCCUACAGAACCAUGGCAAGGAGGCUUAUUUCAAUCUGCAGAAGUCAGACAGAAACAUGAAGGAGCUGAAAGAAUCAUACAAGGGAGGCGUUUGUGGAUUACAGGUCUCAGAGAAAGACCUAAUGAUUGCCUUGGGCAGAGCCUCCUUGGUCAACCGCAGGCUAAACCUAGCCCUGGCGUACUUUGAAAAGGCCGUUGGCAAUGUUAUUGCUGCCAAGGGUGAUAGGACGUCAGAUUUGGUCAUUCUAUACGAGGAAAUUGCUCAGAUUGAGCAGCUGAGGAGGAACCAUGAGCAGGCCAUCCAGUACCUGCAGCAGGCUCAUUCUAUCUGUGUUUCUUUGUUCACUGAAGUCAGCCCCCAAGCUGCAGAGGCAAGCGCGUUACUGGCCAAGGCGUAUGCCAUGUCUGGAGAGGCCCAGCACAGGGAUGCUGUUGAGAUAUAUUUUAUAAAAAGUAUCACUGCAUAUCAAACAACAUUGGGCCCAGAGGGUUAUGAAACACUGACGACCAUUGAAGACUUUUGUAAAUGGCUUAUCGAAAAUGGGGGAAAACAGGAGGCUUACAGACUGCUAAAGGCUUCCCUGAAGUCUCAGGUCAUCAGUUAUGGUGACUAUAGUGAAAAAGUGGCUGAAACUUUUUUUAACAUGGGCAGGAUCUGCUUUGCCAAAGGAGAGCUCAGAAAGGCAAUUCAGCUGCUAAGGAAGUGUCUGAUGAUUCAGAUCGUUAUAUAUGGAAGUGGGCACAGUAAAAGCAGAGAUACAGAAAACCUCCUUACCCUACUGCAGAGGGUGAGUAACGGUUCGUCCAGAUGGAGAAGCGAGGCCACUCCAGGAAGAUACUCUCUAUGCAAAGGCACAGGCGCGUGACGGGGGCAGCGUAUGGAAGGAAUGGUCUUCUGUUAUCAGUAAGGAGAAAACCUCUAUACAAGAUAGCCAACAAUAAAGCCAAACUUGUUGAUAACAAAAAUUCUGGACCACAAAAUAUAUUCACCAACACUCAGAGCAGUGACAAAUCGGAAGCAGAACCAAGAAUUCUGGGGGGAACAGGUCCACUCAGCAGCAGCAUUACAGGUAAAAGACCCGAGAGCCAUUAGAAACCAAGAUCCCGUAACCUGAGAGGAAGAAAUAUUUUAGGCACGUGCGUUAAGUUAGUCUCUCAUGCCACUGGGACUCCCUUUACCCUCCAUUUCCCUUCUUCUAACUCUAAUUCCAUUCUUUUCAAUUCUGACCUUUUAGAAAAAUUCUGCAAUGCCUAAGUAGUUUAUUGGUGAACAUUUUAAUAUACUACUUGUAAGUAUCUUUAGUCAUAACCUGUUAGAGUUCACUACAACUGCUUUGUGAGGAAAUGUCUGAUCUGGUGAAACACUGGCCUGAUCUGGCUUACUGGUCAUGCGUGUUAAGAGUCAGAAAGGCCUGUUUGAUUCUUGUAAGUGAAGAAACCAGGGACAAGAGGAACUGAUCUGCUCAAGGUCAGCCUGGUGAUAAUAAAGCAGACCUCCCGAAUCCCGGACAGUUCCUUUCCAUCCCCCCGUGCCAUCCCCACCAAACUGGACGAUAAAGGCUUUUUUAGGAGAGGAACGCUCAUGCUUGCUGAGGCUGUUAAAUCCUGAGGCUCUGAACAAGUGUGUAUCUAGGAAACUGGCAAUCUUGAAAUAUAUUCCUCCUUUUCCUCUUUGUAUACUCAGGGACAGAGGAGAAAUCAGAUUCAAGUUUGCACUUUUAGUUUUCCUUUUCAUCGUUCCUCAGUUACCUGAGCUCAUUUAACGAAGCUCAAAGACCUGUCUUUGGAGAGCCAAGUGUGUCUCUGACAACGUCUCUAUCACUCAGUGCUUCUACAAUCACAUUUUGGUUCUUGAUUCAGGAAAUUCUUUUUUCAUUUCAGUCAUUUGUUCAGUCUGUAAAAUCUAAACAUCAACCAGUACCCAAGGUAUAGCAGUGAGCAGGGCUCCGCAUAUUACCAGUUAAUCCAGCGGCUGGUCCGCAGACUUCCUCCCCGCAGCUGCCACUCUCCCUUAGAUGACUCGCAAAGUGCUUUAAGCAUGGCACUCAGGACCAGGGUCUUGGGCUUCGGCCCUGGCUGAAGGCCGCGGUAUGCCACUGACCUUCUCUGCAGUGUGUAUGAACCAGUCACCCCGUCUGGAGAUGGGACUGCUGUUCUUGCCCAGAAUAUUCUAAAUUGACCAAAGCAGCCUCAGAAGAGUUGCUUUCAUUUUCUCAUAUCCAGUUGAAAAGAGAUUGUCAACAAUGACUGUGAUAAAAACAAAGUAUCAGAAAGAAGCGGUCAUUCAGACUCCGUCUUGGGUGGCCCUAAAAUUUAAAAAAUUUUAUGAUUUUGUGAGACCCCAAAAUCUUGAGAUCUCCAAACCGACAAACCUGUAUCAAUAAAACAAUAGCAUAAAGUAUAACAUAGUAAAAUAAAAUGUUAUGG